GUCUACCUCAUGACGCUGGUGUUGUGCUAACCCGGUUACAGCGCUGCUCCGUGUCGUCCAACGGCGUCAGAAAGUCCAUGUCGUAGUGAUGUAGCGCUAAGCAGAGGGACAUCAGCCUGCUGUGACCGGUUACCGCCCGUCCAUGUUCCUGUCCUCCGGCCUGAGGACCGUGUGUGAAGCCGCCGCGGCUCCGUUUUGUCCAACAGCUAAGCUAGCUUGCAGGCUAGCCCCUCGCUAGCUGGUGUGAGUCUGCAAUGUGCCGCAGUCUGUGUUUGUCGUCUCGGCAAGCUGUCUAACCCGCUGCCCGCCGGCUAACCCAGCCAGCCACCGAGCAGUGUUAACGGUGCAGGAGAGAGGACACACCGCCGCUGACAUGUGGCAGACCGUCGCCCUCGCGCUGCUGGUCUUGGUGGCCACGCUCGUCUGCGUGCUGCUCUUCACGCUGUUUGGUUGGUACGUGGUCUGGCAGCUCUUCCUGUCAAAGUUCAAGUUCCUGCGUGAGCUGAUCGGGGACGCCGGGACCCCGCAGGCCGAAACUCAACCGUCCCAAACCAAGAGCGAACGGCCGGCCAACACCACCACGUGGAACCGGAGCCGCACCGCACGCCAAAGACUCGCCUCUCCGGAGGCCGCUGAUCACAUGACACCCUCUUCUCGCUGAAGCCACACUACACCAUGAUUUGGACACUUUAGACAGCCUUCCUCCUCCUCGCCGGGACACUUUAAACUGACCAGGCAGAGCUCCUGGCUGGAAGGGAAAAGCCAUCAUCAUACGUUACUGUCCGCUGCUUCUGUUAGACGACCACGCUGCUUCCUGCCGACUCCCCGUCACCUUUCAGCAGUAGUCGGAGCCAAGAGAAAAUCUCCGUCAGGCUCUCGUUCUUUCUAACGUCAAACUGAGUGCAAUGAAAAGAAAGUCCUGAUGCUCGUCCUCGAGCCGAGCUUCGUUCCGCUUCCCACUUCUCCGUUUUUAUGGAUUUCUACCUAAAGAUGGAGGAGACGGAUUCAGGACAAAGACUGACGCUGUAGAGCGGUUCUCCGUGCCGCCCGCUGAACUGCUUCCACUGAUGGUCACAUGACCGGUUCUGUGUCCGGCCGAAGCCGACCCGGUCCAGUCUGCCACUUUUUAUCACCAUGCCUUCAGUGGAGCUUUAACUUCGAAUAAAUAACCUCAGAAA